CGAGAGAUGCUUUGAAUGCAGCGAUUGGCCUGCAUGCGCUUCGUCUGCAUGCGAGAGGCACUCAGGUGAGCUGUUUCCUGCAAACAGUGGCUGCAAUAAGAUAUGUGUCACCAAGAUGUCCACUCGCAGCUGCCAGGGAUCGGACUCGCUCAUCAAGCCCCUGGACACUAUCCCUGAGGACAGAAAGGUGCAGCGGACGCAGAGUGGCUUCGACCCCUUCGAGAAGCCGGCUGGUCAGGUGAAGCGCGUGCACUCGGAGAACAACGCCUGCAUCAACGCCAAGAGCUCGUCCUCCGGGAAAGAGUCUCCCAAACUCCGCCGCCACUCCAGCCCCAGCUCCCCCACGAGCCCAAAGUUUGGAAAGGCAGAUUCGUACGAGAAGCUGGAGAAGCUCGGCGAGGGAUCCUACGCCACCGUCUACAAAGGAAAGAGCAAGGUGAACGGGAAGCUGGUUGCGUUGAAAGUGAUUCGUCUGCAAGAGGAGGAGGGAACGCCGUUCACUGCGAUUAGAGAGGCAUCUCUGCUGAAAGGCCUGAAACACACCAACAUCGUGCUGCUCCACGACAUCAUUCACACCAAGGAAACCCUGAUGCUGGUCUUCGAGUAUGUGCACACAGAUCUGUGUCAGUACAUGGACAAACAUCCCGGCGGCCUCCAUCCAGACAACAUCAGGCUGUUCCUGUUCCAGUUACUGAGGGGUUUGUCUUACACCCAUCAGCGCUACAUCCUUCACCGGGACCUGAAACCACAGAACCUGCUCAUCAGCGACACCGGAGAACUCAAACUGGCCGACUUCGGUCUGGCCCGUGCGAAGUCGGUCCCCAGCCACACGUACUCUAAUGAGGUGGUGACGCUCUGGUAUCGCCCUCCAGACGUGCUGCUGGGAUCCACAGACUACUCCACCUGUCUGGACAUGUGGGGUGUCGGAUGCAUCUUCGUGGAAAUGAUCCAGGGAGUGGCGGCAUUCCCGGGCAUGAAGGACAUUCAGGAUCAGCUGGAGAGGAUAUUUCUGGUUUUGGGGACGCCGUCGGAGGAGACGUGGCCAGGUGUUCACUCACUCCCGCACUUCAAACCAGAGGAGACAACACAUACACACAAAGCGGUCUCGAAGACAAAGAAACCUGAAGAUCGAUUCACUGUCUACAGUCCCAAGAAACUCAGACAAGCCUGGAAUAAGCUGGGUUAUGUAGAUCAUGCUGAAGAACUGGCUUCCAGAUUUCUCCAGUGCUUCCCAAAGAACCGUCUCUCGGCCCAGGCGGCGCUUCAUCACGAGUACUUCAGCCAUCUGCCCCCGAGACUCUGGGAGCUGCCUGACAUGUCUUCAAUCUUCAGCGUUCCCACCGUUAAGUUACAGCCUGAGUCUGGCGACAGCAUCCAGGUGUGCAGUAAGAGCAACAGUCACGGCAAAGCGACGUCAAACAGCAAACACUGACCCGGAGCCAAACAGGUUGGCGCUGUCAGCCGUCAAGAUAUGAAAAAGACAAAAAGAAGAAGGAGACGGGAACGACACUUAAUGUUUAUUUAAAUUAUUUCAUUUCCGGUUGGUUUGACCUUCCACAUGGGACUGAGAGCAAAUCAGUCAAAUCUGAGUUUUACCAUCAGGAAUGUGGCGUAACAUUCCCACAUCGACGGCAAGCGAGCGACGUUCGGACUUCGAAAGGCAAUUAAUACGAACUGUUUGUGUAUGUAGCUACCUAUGUAUAGCUACCUAUGUACAAAUGUUUGUACAGUUAAAUACGUGUCUAUCUAAGAGAACAAACCAAAUGCCCUCCCGUGCACAAUCACGCAUUAUCGAGACCAAGCUGGCAUUUUGCAUUUCCUGCAAUCUUACACAUUAUUGGCUAUGGUACGGUCCAGCUGCACGCCCAAUAACAUGACAAUAAUUUCCACAGUAAUAACUAGGG